AACCAAAUCUAUACGUCUGACUGUAAAUAAUUAGUUUAUUUUCAACUUAUCUGAACUCAAACCUUGUUUUUUACUAUAGUAUGAUCAUAAAAAGUUAACUUUAAGAUACCAAAAUCUUACUAAUGUAUAUUUUGUGAUAAAUAAUAAUUAUGGGCUUUGAAAUCAAAAGGUUUCAAGGUGACGUCGAUGAGGAGCUUAUUUGUCCUAUUUGUUCCGGAGUCCUCGAAGACCCGUUACAGGCGCCUGCUUGUGAGCACGCGUUUUGUCGAGCUUGUAUUACGGAGUGGAUCAGUAGACAGCCUACCUGUCCUGUAGACCGGCAAACGGUAACCGCGAGUCAGCUAAGGCCAGUUCCAAGGAUACUGCGCAACCUUCUGUCCAGAUUAUGCACAAGUUGCGACAAUGCUCCACAUGGCUGUAAUGCCAUUUUAAAACUGGACUCUCUACCUAAUCAUUUAGUUGAAUGUGAAUUUAAUCCUAAACGACCAAUACCUUGUGAGGCAGGAUGUGGACUGGUGAUACCAAAAGAUGAACUAGCGCAACAUAAUUGUGUACGUGAGCUUAGAGCACUGAUAGCCACUCAGCAGGGGAAGCUGAAUGAUUACCAGCAAGAACUGGCUGAACAGAGGCUCGUUAUUAAUGAGCACAAACGAGAAUUGGCAUUAUUAAAGGAGUUCAUGAGAGCGAUGCGCGUGUCGAAUCCAACGAUGCGUGCAUUGGCGGACCAGAUGGAGCGCGAGGAGGUGGUGCGCUGGGCCAACUCACUGGCCAGGGCGAGGGUCACCAGGUGGGGUGGCAUGAUCUCUACUCCAGAUGAUGUUCUGCAGGUAAUGAUGAUCAAACGAAGUUUAUCGGAAUCCGGCUGUCCCCCGCACAUCAUAGACGAUCUAAUGGAAAAUUGUCACGAGAGGCGGUGGCCGCCAGGACUGUCGUCACUUGAAACUAGACAAAAUAAUAGAAGGCUAUACGAAAAGUAUGUUUGCAAGAGGGUGCCAGGCAAACAGGCGGUGCUGGUUCUUCAUUGCGACAACACACACGUCGACGAGCACAUGAUGGUGGAGCCGGGGCUGGUGAUGAUAUUCGCGCACGGAAUCGAAUAGCGGACUCUGAGGCGCUGCGUCGUGACGUCACGGCGCCCACUCUACUGUACAGUGAUCUUUUAAUGAGUGUUCUGAAUGUUGCUUACGCAUAGGUCAAUUUAUUCCAACGUGGUAAAAGUCCUAAAUUUUAGCGCGGUGCAAUUGCAAUGAGUUCAGCGAGUUUCUUAACGUUCUCGAUAGCGUAGAAGUUAAGCCAAUUUUGUAUGCAGUUGGAACAGCGCCCCUAGCGGCA